AUGGCUAGAAGGAGAGAGUCGAGUGCGUUACCCUCUUCGAUGGGUUGUGAGGGCUAUGACUUGCAAAGUAAGAACCAUCUGUACAGAUUUUGUUGGCACUCUUUCCUAUCUUCUCAGAUUGAAUUAGCUCGACCUUAUUGUAAAUACUCAGCGAGACCCCCGAGUGUUUCCUUAAUACCCCAGCACGUAGAGAAAGCCGUUCGUUUGGCUCGAUUUGGAAAACCAGGAGUGUCUUAUCUCGAUUUUCCUGGAAAUCUUCUCCAAGCUAGAGUACCAACAAAUUCUAUCCCCGAUUACUAUACAUCACCCGAAGUACCUUUAGCAUUCCCCAACCCUCAAGUCAUUUCAGAAGCUGUACAAAUACUUCUUACGGCAGAAAGACCGUUGGUUAUUAUGGGAAAGGGAACAGCUUAUGCAAGGGCAGAAGAUUUGGCAAGAGAAUUUAUUCAUUCGACAAAUUUACCAUUUCUUGCUACUCCAAUGGGCAAAGGUGUAGUUUCUGAUUCUUCUCCACAUUGCGUAGCAUCUGCGAGAUCAACUGCUCUUCAAAAAGCAGAUUUAAUAAUUCUUUUUGGGGCAAGACUAAACUGGAUAUUGCAUUUCGGAAGACCUCCACGAUAUGCCCCGGACGUCAAAAUAAUUCAGAUCGACGUUUGUUCAGAAGAGCUGAACAACAGUGUCAAGGCAACCGUUUCAAUCUUUAGUGAUUUGAAACCUGCCAUCGGGCAACUUCUACAAGAAGUAAAAGCAAAAGGAUUUGUUUUUGGAGAUAACACCAACUGGUGGAAGCUUUUAAAACAAAAAUGUCAGCAGAACAAGUUAGGAGUUGAAAAAAUGGUAAAAGACACUUCGGUACCACUAAACUAUUACACCGUUUUCCAUCACUUACAAAGUCAGCUGCCCGAAAAUUGUUUGAUCGUAAGCGAAGGGGCCAAUACGAUGGACAUAGGGAGGACGAUGCUGUUAAAUAAUUUAGCCAGGCACAGGCUGGAUGCAGGAACUUUUGGAACAAUGGGGGUAGGUUUAGGAUUUGCAAUAGCUGCCGCUCUGUGGUGUCAAAAAUACGAACCUUCGAAGAGAGUGAUAUGUGUGGAGGGUGAUUCUGCAUUCGGAUUUUCAGGAAUGGAAGUGGAAACAAUGGUCAGAUACAAAUUACCGGUUAUAAUUGUGAUCAUUAACAAUAAUGGAAUUUACGGAGGUCUUGAUCAGGAAACUUUUAAUGAACUUCAAAAUUCUCAGCCUGCUACUCAAGCGAUUCCUCCAACAAGUCUUUCUGUGAUGUGCCGCUAUGAAAAUAUGAUGUCUCUUUUUGGAAGUACGGGGUACUUUUGUAAAACUAUACCGGAAGUUCAAGCGGCUGUGAGAGAAUGUCUUAAGGAAAAACAUUUACCAAGUAUAAUUAACAUUGCUAUCAAUCCUUCGGCUGAUAGAAAACCGCAAGCAUUUAAUUGGCUGACGGAGUCGAAAUUGUAAAUAUGUACAGAUUUGUUAUUUUAUGUUGUUAUUGCUUUUGGUGUUGUGGUGGUGUACAGGUUUGAACAAUAAAAAAAGCAACGUUUAA